ACGAGUUUCGAGUUCAAAUUUUUUGUCGGGUGAUUUACUGAAUCAAAAAAGAAGAACAAAGAAUGGGGCAUGAGGUUUGAGGCAUAUUUCGAUCUCAACUAGGUCUGCAAGGAGGAAGAAAGAAGACCAAAUGGAUGCUCAAGCCAAGAGGAAAGCAUUGUUUCGUGCUAAAUUGAACGCCCAGAAGAAGGAAAAGCGCAUCGAUUCUCCUCUUGUCAGGUACAAUGAAUUGGACCAACCUGUCUGUAGGGUUUGCGACAUUGUAUUGAAAUCAGAGGCUUACUGGGAUGCUCACCAGUCCUCUCGCAGACAUCAUGAGGCAAUAAAUAAUCUCAAAGCUAAUGCAGCAGGCAGGUCUGGAGUUAACGAUAUUAAAGCUGCGGCUCCUGCUGAACUCCCUAACAGCAGACCAAUAGAUUUGAAAGAGCAGAAAGCAGUGACUGGGACGUCGACAGAGUUCCCAAAACAUCAAUCAUCAUCUGUGCUUCCUUCAGAUUUUUUUGACCAGAAUGUCAAAAGGCUUAAAACUGGAAAGGAUGCUGAACCUGAUUUACGCAGUGGUAGCAUUGCACAGUCAGAGGUGAUUGCAAAGGCCAGUGACCUUGGUAAGAAAUCUUCUGUGAAUGUUGGUUCAGAGGGGAAGGAAAUAAAGGGAGCUCUGCCCGAAGGUUUCUUUGAUGACAAAGAGGCUGAUUUGCGUGCACAUGGCAUAAAACUUGUUAAGCCUGAUGUCAAAGAUGAAUACAAGGAAUUUGAAAAGUUGAUCCAAGAAGAUUUGCAAGAGGUGGAUAACCGUUUGGAAGAGGAGGAGAUUGAUGCUGCCGAAAUGAUAGAGGAAGCCGAAACCUUAGAGCAGAAGGCGUACAGGGAGAGAGUAGAAAGGUUGAAGAGGAAGAAAAUGGAGUUAAAGACCAAAAAAUCAGUAGAACAAAGUAGAGCGGAGCCUGAAAUUCCUACUAAAGAGUCUAGCCUUGACGAUUCUUUGAGUGAUGAUGAUAGUGACACAAAUUAUACAGUAGAUUGGAGAGCUCAACACUUGUGAUAGUAAGUCGAUUCUAAAUUUUUGAUAUCC